AUGUGGGAUCUUAGUUCCCUGACCAGGGAUCGAACCCACAUCCCCUGCACUGGAAGGCAGAUUCUUAAUCACUGGAGCACCAGGGAAGUCCCUCAGUUCCUUAUUCUGCUUGAACCCAUUGGGUGUUUUGUUUGUUUGCACUUUUCUCCUGUAGGGAUUUACUGGCAGUGAGCAGCAUGUUCUUAUGGAAAGAGGAGCAGGCUGGGAGCCUACCCUUUGCCACUGAGGGGAGAAUGUGACCCCCAAGUAUUUCCCAUUCCCUUUCCUGCUUCUGGAGUCAUUCAGUCAUUCAUUCUACGCAUAGUUAUCAAACAGUCUGUCAGAACAAGAAGGGAACAUUGGUUGAGGGUUCCUUGUGUGCUAGGUACUGUUCUGAGUGCUUUGCAUGUAUUAACACAUUUACUCUUCAUGGCAACCCAGAGUAGGUGUCCUUAGCUCCAUUUUACAGGUGAAGAAACUAAGUCAAAGAAAGCUUAAAUAACGUGACCAAUAUCACUCACCUGGUGAGCGACUGACAGUCACUAGACACCGGGCUAGAUGUUAGAGACAAAAGGGUCCAAACUGGACACAGCUUGUGACCUUGUGGAGCUUAUUUUAUCUAACACGUAGUCACACAAAAGUACAAAGCACAGUGGGCACACGGGAAGGAGAGGAAAUGAAGUGGUGAGAGAUGUCAGAGGCCUGAUUUGGGUUUGGGGGGUGGACGAGGCUGCACCGAGAGAGGUGGCCUGCUUCCUCGCUGCUUUCAGGUCCUCACUCAGAGUGACUGCUCUGGUCCCUCGUUUAAAACAAUGACCCCCGUCACUCUUGAUGCCCUCCCCCACUCAGCAUCGCCACACAUAUCGUGAGCUUUUCGAUGAUUUUUGAGCCAGAUCAAGAAGAGGAUAUCAAAGGUGGUCACUUUUCUGGUAGGUGCCUGCAGAGGAGCUACGGGACAGGUCUGCGUGGAUCUGGGUGCCUGACUUUGAGGCAGCUGGGAACCUAAACCUUCGUUACCUCCUUGCCAAGCCUUAAGGGGACAGUGGGCUCUCGGUCAGUACGGCUCUUGGGCAGACCCAUCCCCCACCCUCCCCAGGCCCAGGGCAGGUCCUUCGGCGUUCCUGUGCGGGACCAUCGCAACUGGGGAGCUUGGCCUCUGGUGACCUCCCUCUUUCCUAGGAAGAUGUUCCUGGUGGGCCUGACAGGGGGCAUUGCCUCAGGCAAGAGCUCAGUGAUCCAGGUGUUCCAGCAGCUGGGUUGUGCGGUGAUUGAUGUGGACGUCAUUGCCCGGCAUGUCGUCCAGCCAGGGUACCCCGCCCACCGGCGUAUCGUGGAGGCCUUCGGCACUGAGGUCUUGCUGGAGAAUGGCGACAUCGAUCGAAAGGUCCUGGGGGACCUGAUCUUUAACCAGCCCGACCGGCGGCACCUGCUCAACUCCAUCACCCACCCCGAGAUUUGCAAGGAAAUGAUGAAGGAGACCUUCAAGUUCUUCCUCCGGGGAUACCGCUACGUGAUUCUGGAUAUCCCCCUGCUGUUUGAGACCAAGAAACUGCUCAAGUACCUGAAGCACACAGUGGUGGUGUACUGUGACCGAGACACGCAGCUGGCCCGGCUGAUGCAGCGGAACAGCCUGAACCGCGACGACGCAGAGGCCCGGAUCAAGGCCCAGCUGCCCCUGAAGGACAAGGCCCGCAUGGCCCGCCACGUUCUAGACAACUCGGGCGAGUGGAGCGUCACCAAACGCCAGGUGGUCCUCCUGCACGCCGAGCUGGAGCGCUCCCUAGAGUACCUGCCACUGCGGCUCGGGGUCCUCACAGGGCUGGCCGGCAUCGCCAGUCUCCUCUACCUGCUCACCCACUACCUCCUGCCUUCCCCCUAGCGGGGCCCUGCAAGACAGGAAUUCCUGGGUCUCCAUCUCCUCAGAGGCUGAAACCAGGUAAUGAAUGCAUCCGGUUUCCUCCCAACCCCUCAGCACACACACUCUGGAUCUGGGCUGGAGCCCUGCACUGGGCCGACCCUUCCUCGGAGCACAUCCUGUCCAAGGCAGAGAAGCAGCCCUCUGUCAGCAGAUGCUCCUUCCCACCUCCCCCAGCACCCCUCCCUCUGGAACAGUGUCCAUCACGGGCUGUGGAAGCAACAGUGGUAGACUCUUGUAACUUUCUUGUGGGCGGGGGUGAGGAGCACCUUCAGUGGCCGUCACCAGUGUUUAAAGCUGGGAGGGUCCCUGGGCUUGAACCCUUUCCUAGCACGUGCCCCGUCACGGCCAAAACCCCCUGCGUGGACCAUGGGAAAUCAGUUUAGACCAAGGGCUGCCUUCAAGCAGGAUUCCCCUGUAGAUUGAAGCCCUUGGCCAGGAGGCAGUAACAAUUCCCUUGUCGUGAUGCUGUAGUGGGGCAGAGGCCAGGCCUCUUCUGGGAUGACCCACUGUCCCACCGUGGCAUUUCCCUCGCACUCUCCACACCCUGCUCCCCGCCUCCUACCACUCUACCUCCCUGAGCUCUUGCUAGGCUGCACGCGGUGCACCAGGCUGUUUCUGGCCUCUUUGCCUUCACCUUGCUGCUCCCCAAUCUGGAAAACCUUUUUUUUUUUUCCCUACAACUGGCUACCUUCCAGCUCAGGCACCAUCUGAAGCCCCAGGCUGGGUUAGGUGCUCUGGGAUACCCCCUGCCCCACAUUUUACCUGAAUCCACAGUAUAAUAAUCAGCCCCAAACUGGUUAGUCUCUCCCACUAGACUGUAAGCCCUUUGAGGGCAGGAACUGUGUCUUAAUCAUCUGUGUUCCUGGUGCAGAGCCUCACUCACCAUUGGUGCUGAAUAAAGUGUGUCGAUCUGAAA